AUGGACGUCGUAGAGACUGUCAGAGGCUUUAUUGGUUGCUGGGAGGAGAGCGGACAAGCAGAAUGUCGUGACCUCCUCACCGCGCCGCACUCGAAUCCGUCCGACCCAGCUGCGAGCGAUGUGCUAUCCACCGCAUACCACACACUCAUCACUGCAACCCUCAAAACCUGGUCUCCGUCCAAGGCUCUCACCCCGCAGGCUCUCAUAAGUUUCCUACAAUCUCUGCUCGAGAGCCUCCCGUCGCCAUCGUCAACUAAAUCGCCACACGCUAUCGCUUUCGGCGACAUACUCGUCGACAUCCUCUGGGCUAUUGAUGUAGAGCUUGAUGAUAUUCAUCAAGACACCAAGAUGGCACUCGCUAACGCGGAGCAGGGUAAUGCGCCUGUGGUAGCGGAAGGGGUGGAUGUUACCGCCGUACUCGCUCGCGUGGCGCAGGCAAAGCAGAACGCCGAGUCUGAUAAGGAGAUUUUGGCUGGCGCAGUCAAACUGCUGGUGGCUUCCGGAAUCCUCGACGCAGAUAUCUGCCGGGAGCGAUUGGAGUUGUCGAUGAUCCAUCAUGCAGAUCUCAUACCGGAUGAUCAAGCCUUUUCAAAGAAGGAGGUACGAAUGAGGACUGCGCUCUUCUACAAGCAGAACAAGUUCAAUUUACUUCGCGAGCAGUCGGAAGGCUACAGUAAGCUUACCACUGAACUGACCAGUAGUCUUGGCCCGCCGCACUCGUCUGUCACUGGCCGGCCAAUAGACUCUUGGUCUGUGAUAGAGGCGCGAGCGCGACCGGCUUGGGAACGCGUAGUGGGCUUGAUUGGCUACUUCGACCUGGACCCCAACCGCGCGUUGGACAUAAUCUUGGACGUGUUCUCCGUCCAUCUCGCGACACACUACUCGUUCUUCUUGGCUCUGCUGUCGUGCUCGCCUUGGGGAGCGUCUCUGAAGCCAAAACCCGAAGACGCAAUGAAUGCAGAGGCCAGUUCCGAUGCAUACAAAGGAAAGGACCUGGACGAAAUCCUACGGAUUGCAGAGUUACAGUCCGGCCAUGCUUCUAGCGAGCUCCUGCUGUCUGCUACCAGCAAUGGUUCCAGAGUCUUGGCCCAGGUCUUGGGGUUCAAAUUCACGUAUUAUCAGCUACCGGACGUGACGGAGUCGGCGCCCAAGAAUUUGUAUCUCACUACCGCGCUCCUCAUACGGGAAGGAUUUAUCACAUUGGAAGAUAUCCAUCCCCAUCUGUCGCCCGCAGAGGAUGCUAUGGGGACCGAGCACAAGAAGUAUUUGGAUUCUGUCAAUGCUCGAAUUGCCAACGCGAAGGUCAGCAUGCUAGCUAUGGCGGCUCCGCUCGAAUCCUCGUCAAGUUCGAGUGGUCCCAAGAUCCACCAAGCUACUCCAGCGGAACCCAAAAAGGUGGAGAAAGAGGUGUCCAACCAGAAGAUAGGCCUCCUGCAUGCAUUGCUUUCCCUUGGAGCCUUACGUCCUGGUCUUGCUCUCCUGAGCAAGUACCCCUGGAUUGUUGAUGCUUCGCCGGACAUUGCGGAUCUCCUGCUACGCAUCCUGAAGCACUCCAUUGCGCCUGUCUAUGCGGCCGUUGGGUCAGGAAAAGAAUCACGGCCCGCAUUCGCUGUCCCAAAGCGGCGCUUCGGUGCUACUGGGGUCGUUUCUGCCCCUGAGAGAAAACCUCAGCUUACCCUCUGGGCGCCAACCCCUCCGUCGACAAGUGCGAUCGACUUCGUGUUCUUUUUUCCGUGUUGGACAGAGCGCAUCCCCCUGUGCACGACCACAGAAGAUGUCAUAAAUGUUCUUGAGCCACUGAUGAGAUUCGUCGGGCUUCAUGCCUCGCGAGACCUUAUCUUCCUGGCGCAGUUCUCGCGAGUUGGACGCGCAGAUGUUGUGGCCACGGUAUCAGUUGAUCCAGACACGAAGAGGCCUUUGCCAGCCGACCUCGACCAUCCCACCUGUCGAUUUUGGUAUAAGAUGGCCCGACUAUAUCUCCUUCCCGCGCUGUCUCUCGUCCGUGGAAAUGCUGUGUGCAAUGUCGAGAUCUGGACCCUCAUCAGGAUGUUCGAGACGACCCAACGAUGGCGACUGUACGGAGAGUGGAAGGCUACGACGUACCAGUCGCAUCCUGAGCUUCGCGUGCGCUACAUUCAAGCUGAUCGCGAGUCGAAAGGCAUCUUGCGCAGGCUCUCACAUCAGACAGUCGAGAAACUAUCGUGCUCGGUCGCGAAGCUGGCGCAUUCGAAUCCGCUCAUCCUGUUCAGCAACACCAUUAACCAGGUCAUGGCGUACGAGAACCUUGCAGAAGCAGUCAUUCGAACAUUAACCUACACCACCGUCAUGGGAUUCGACGUGUUACUCUACGUCAUCAUUGAAGCCUUUUCUAACCCAAACAAGGCGCGCGUAAAAGACGAUGGCGUCAACACGUCGGAUUGGUUGCAGAAUCUUGCGUCCUUCACUGGGCUGCUCUUCCGCAAAUACACGGGCGAUAUUACGUACCUCCUGAAGUAUCUCGUCCACCAGCUCCAAAACGGCCAAGUCUCUGAGAUCAUCAUCCUCCGCGAGCUUAUUUGGAAGAUUGCCGGCAUCGAGCCGUUGCCUAACCUCACAGACUCGCAGGUAGUUGCCAUGGCUGGUGGACCGAAUUUACGGAUCGAGGUGCUAGGUUCCGAUAAACGCGGUGCUCGUUUAGAUCCUCAGGAUGUUGGUGCCAAAGGUUCGAUUAGGCUGGGAAAGGUCAUGAUCGAGUCGGGGCUCGCUCUUCCGCUUCUCAUCCAAAUCGCGCAGCAACGACAGGCUUGCGUCUUCCAAGCCGCGAACACUCACCUCAAAUCGCUUGCAAAUCUUUAUGACAUAACACACGGCGUACUGUUGCAAUACGUGGAAUUCCUCAUUACACCGUCAAUUGUUCCUCCUGAAGACUACGCAAAGAAGGUGCUGCCUUCGCUCGCCGAUAUGCACCUCAAGUACGGUAUCGGUGUGCCCAUCUGCAUGCAGAUCCUGCGGCCGACGCUUCAUCUUGCUCUGCUGUCUGCAGCGCUGGAGAUGCAGAAGAGGGAACGAGUCGCUAGCGAAGAGGCUGAGAAGCGCUUGAAAGCAGCGUUGACUGCUAAGAGGGAACCGACAACGACAUCCCGUACAGGCUCUCCCGUUGUUGCCGAGGGCACUGCUUCUACGGAUCAGGCAGCAGAAGCGAAGCCAUCUGGAUCCUCUGAAGAUGUGACAAUGGAGAGCGCCGACCACCCGGAACCUGCACCUGCACCCGAGAAACCCUGGCUUCCUCAGCUAUAUGCGCUCUUCGAUGAUGUUAAAGCUAUUGCACCGGGUAGCGUGAACGAGGUGAUCGGUUCGGGCUUCUACAUGACAUUCUGGCAAUUGUCGACCUAUGAUCUAUCACCGCCUGCGUCGAAGUACGAGGAGGAAACCUCCAAUCUUCGCAAGCUGAGCUUGGAGGCGGACCGCGCAUACAACGCUGCUGAGAAGUCGGACAGCUGGGUAGAGAGGAAUAAUUCCUACAAGCAUCGCGAGAGGCGCAAUCGUUACAACGUGUUCAUUGAUAUGCUGAGGGACGAACUCAAACAGCAGACGGCUGCACGCGCUUUUACGAUUAAGAGGCUGGCCCGGGAGAAGCAGCAUUGGUUUGCGCAUAAUCCUAAGGGGACAACUGUGGCUGCUGCGAUUGUGGAACAUUGCUUGCACCCUCGAGCAAUGCUAUCCCCCAUGGAUGCCGACUACUGUGCGCAGAUCAUCAAAGUCGUGCAUCUACAAGGGACUCCGGGAUUCUCCACUCUUAAUAUUUACGACAAGCUUCUCGGCGAUCAUCUCCGAACGCUGAUAUUUUCCUGCAGCGAAGUGGAGGCUCGGAAUUACGGCCGCUUCCUACUUGGCAUUCUGGGCGAUAUCUGGAAAUGGCACCAGGACGAGCAGCUCUUUAUGCAGGACAACCGCGUUAAGAGCGGUGGCAAGGUUUCCUACUUGCCUGGGUUCAUGCUGAUUUACAGCAACAAGGCGAAUGUCGCCAUUGAUGACAUUAUCAAGUGGCAACAGUUCCGCCAGGUUUGUAAGAAAUGGCAUCGUAAACUGGCCAAGGCUUUCAUCGACUGUAUCGAGAGCGGAGAGUUCAUGCAUGUCUACAACACCAUUGUCGUGCUCAAGGAAAUUCUGCCUGUGUUCCCUGUCGCUUCAGUCAGCGAGGCGUCUGGUCCAGCACUCGAGAUAGCGAUGGAAAAGUUCAUAGAAAAAGAGGAGCGAGAUGACUUGAAGAUCCUCGGAAGGGCCUAUGUAGCAAGCUUCAAGAAGCGAGAGCCUCAUUGGAAACUACAAGAAAGAGGAGUCAGACCUGCGGCUCCGACGCCUCCUGCGAAGUCAACACCAGCUGCUACCCCGGCGCCUCCCGAACGACCUCGAACAAGUGGACCACCUCCCUUAGGUCCUACCUCGAAUGAUCGCUCAGCAGCUGCUCCGCCUACUGGCCCCCGCGCGGACAUUGCGCAAGUCAACGGUUCCGCCGCUCUGGGAGCUGAGAAGCCGUCCAUGCCGGGUUCUACGAGAAUCGCCAUCGAUAGCAUUCCUCGGCCAGAGGUUGUCAAGAGGGUCCGUCCCGACACCAGGAGCCCUGCUCCGAGAGUCAAUGGCGAAGCAGAGGCGAAGACGAAUGGACAGCUGGACCCAAUGCAGGUGGACAAGCUUCAUGCUUCUGUACGUCCUCCGGUCACCGCAACGACACCUCCGACCGCACCGCGGAGAGAUGAGCAAGGCAUACCACGAGGUGCCGCCGGACCUGGUGCAACCCUUCGCCCUGGCAGUCCCAAUAUACCCGCAGGAUCCCCCGUACUCAGGAGUAUAUCGCAAAUGGAAGGAUCUAGGCCGCCCACACCGAGUCCCUUGGUACGCUCUGUGAGCAACAGGGAUCUGACACAGUCUCCGAGGAUCGGCACCAGCGAUUCCCGAGGCCGUGUGGAAGCUUCUCAAGUCAUGCCACCGCCCGCUAACCCGAGCCAGACAACUUCUGCGCAAGAGUUGCGCGAGACGGCGAAGCAGUCUCGUCCCAUUGACAAAGUUGAGGAGAAACCUGCAAGGCCCCCUCCCGCAGAGCCACGUGGCCAACAAACUUCAGCUUCGACGCCAGCCUCAGCCUCCCGUCGACGCUCGCCUUCUCCGCUCAGCAGACCAGGUACAAGGAACCCCAGCCUUGAGAGUCGAGCGAGUGGCGGUCGGUCUCGCGGCGCCACUGGCGAUUCGGAGCGUUCGGACGACAAGCGGGAUCGGGAGAGCCGUCAUGAGUCUCGGCGGGACGUGCAUGGCCGCAGGAGCACUCGCGAAAGCGACCGGGAGAAGGAAUCCGACCGCGAAAGGCGCGAUAGGCACGGUGAUAGGGAGCGUCCCCGAGACCGCGACCGUGAGAGGGACAGGGAGCGUGAUGGCCAUCGCGACAAGGAUCGCGACCGUGACCGGGAUCGCCACAGAGACUCAGAGAGGGACAGAGAUCGUCAUCGCAAGGACGAGAAGGAUCGUGACCGAGAGUCCAGGAAGGAGCGCGAUGGCUCUGGUCGGGGCAUUCCCACCGGACCAUCCUCUUCCGCUACGCCAGCUGUUGACGAGCGUGGUCUUCCUGUGCGACCUGAUACCUCUCGCCGGCGAGAAGACGAAGCGUUGGGUAAGCGGCGGCGACCAACCGAGGACGAGCCUGAUCGAGCAUCCAAGCGACCCUCGCGAAAAGAGAGCCACCACGAAGACCGUAGUCGCCGAGCUUCUGAUAAGGACAGGGAUGACCGUGGCCGGGAGUCAGACAGAAGACGCAAAGAGCGCGAACAACCUGAAAACGAUCCGCGGGCUCUCACAAUUGACAUCAAAGCAGCUGAGAAGCGGGUCCCUGAAGGUCCUGCCUCGGCAUCUGCACGCUCUUUGCCUCCGACGACACCUUCUGCCCCUCGCGCCAUGGCUGGUAGUGCUGAAGGCCCAAAGAACGUCAAACCUGACCGAGACUGGAGGCCCCGUGACCAGCCUCCGCGUGGCUCGCCCACCAUGCCCAGUGCAGUGCAGCCUGGUCCAGAGGUGCAGGGACCGGGCGUAAGCUUGCGUUCGCGGAUCGCAGACAAGGAAACGCGUCCUAUCCCUUCGGGGCCCCGUGGGGAAGCGUCUUCUGACCGCAAACAGGAAGGUGGCUCCAGCGCAGCGAAGGAUGAGAGGGAAGGCAGUCGCAAGCGAGCGUCGUCUGAACGUGAGACAGGUGAUCCUUCAGCAGGACCCAGCGAGCUGAUCGGCCCGGCAAAGCGGCCUCGAAUUAAUCGCACUCGCUGGCAGGGCACUGCGACUGCUGCUGCUGCACCAUUUGCGAAGAAGUCGCUCAUGGAUGCCGAGAAGAAUGGCCGAGGGGGGAUCGGACGGAAGGACUAG